CUGGCGGUCACGUGCGGAGGCGCCGCUUCUCCGCGCGUCGCGCCCUGUGGCGAGCGGUGCCGGGCCCGGGAUUGGCUGCGCGGCCGCCUCGUCCCAGAAUGCAGCGGAUGGCGCGUCAUUGAACAGAGACCAUGAUGGCGGCAGCGGCCGGGGCCCCCGAGGUGAUCGCGCAGCUCGAGAACGCGGCCAAAGUGCUGAUGGCACCACCUUCCAUGGUCAAUAAUGAACAACGUCAACAUGCCGAGCACAUAUUCUUAUCAUUUAGAAAAUCAAAAUCACCAUUUGCCGUUUGCAAACACAUUUUGGAAACUAGUAAAGUGGACUAUGUCCUUUUUCAAGCUGCUACAGCGAUAAUGGAAGCAGUUGUGAGAGAAUGGAUUCUACUGGAAAAAACUAGCAUCGAGUCACUGCGAACAUUCCUUCUAACCUAUGUCUUACAAAGGCCUAACCUUCAGAAGUACGUUCGGGAGCAGAUUCUAUUAGCAGUAGCGGUGAUAGUGAAACGGGGAUCAUUAGACAAAUCAAUCGACUGCAAAAGCAUUUUUCAUGAAGUCAGCCAGUUGAUCAGCAGCGGUAACCCCACUGUGCAAACUUUGGCCUGUUCCAUUUUAACGGCGUUGUUGAGCGAGUUCUCAAGUUCAAGUAAAACCAGCAACAUUGGACUAAGCAUGGAGUUCCAUGGUAACUGUAAACGUAUAUUUCAGGAGGAUGAUCUGCGGCAGAUCUUCAUGCUCACAGUAGAGGUACUUCAGGAAUUCAGCAGACGAGAAAACCUCAAUGCUCAGAUGUCUUCAGUGUUUCAGCGUUAUCUUGCACUAGCCAAUCAGGUCUUAAGCUGGAACUUCCUUCCUCCAAAUUUGGGCAGACAUUAUAUAGCUAUGUUUGAAUCCUCACAAAAUGUGAUGCUAAAGCCAACAGAAUCCUGGCGCGAGACCCUCCUGGACAGCAGAGUUAUGGAGCUUUUCUUUACAGUACAUCGAAAAAUCAGAGAAGAUACAGAUAUGGCCCAAGAUUCAUUACAGUGUCUGGCACAGCUUGCGUCUUUACACGGGCCAGUCUUUCCCGAUGAAGGCUCACAAGUUGAUUACCUGGCACACUUCAUUGAGGGAUUACUGAACACUAUCAAUGGAAUUGAAAUAGAAGACUCUGAAGCAGUGGGAAUUUCCAGUAUUAUCAGCAACCUGAUAACUGUAUUUCCUCGCAACAUUUUAACGGCCAUUCCAAAUGAACUUUUCUCGUCAUUUGUAAACUGCCUUGCACACCUCACUUGUUCUUUUGGAAGAAGUGCUGCCUUGGAAGAAGUGCUUGACAAAGAUGACAUGGUAUACAUGGAAGCAUAUGACAAGUUGCUGGAAUCUUGGCUGACUUUGGUACAAGAUGACAAACAUUUCCAUAAAGGUUUCUUUACCCAACAUGCUGUUCAGGUCUUUAAUUCCUACAUUCAGUGCCAUCUAGCUGCUCCUGAUGGUACAAGGAAUUUGACUGCCAAUGGUGUGGCCUCUCGGGAAGAAGAAGAAAUAAGUGAACUGCAGGAAGAUGACAGAGACCAGUUCUGUGACCAGCUGGCCAGUGUAGGCAUGCUGGGGAGAAUUGCUGCAGAACACUGUAUACCUCUUCUCACAAGUUUAUUAGAAGACCGAGUGACAAGGCUCCAUGGGCAGUUGCAAAGACAUCAGCAGCAGUUACUUGCCUCACCAGCAUCAGGCUCAAUUGACAAUAAAGUGCUUGAUGACCUGUAUGAGGAUAUUCAUUGGCUUAUUUUAGUCACAGGCUACCUCUUGGCUAAUGAUACUCAGGGAGAGACUCCGCUAAUACCUCCAGAAGUAAUGGAAUAUUCCAUUAAACAUUCAGCUGAGGUUGACAUCAAUACAACACUUCAGAUUCUGGGAUCUCCAGGAGAAAAAGCCUCUUCCAUCCCAGGGUACAACAGAACUGAUUCUGUAAUUAGGUUGUUAUCUGCUAUUUUGAGAGUGUCGGAAGUAGAGUCUAGAGCAAUAAGGGCAAAUCUCACACACCUCCUAAGCCCUCAGAUGGGCAAAGACAUUGUAUGGUUCCUCAAGCGCUGGGCAAAGACUUACCUCCUAGUAGAUGAAAAGCUGUAUGAUCAGAUAAGUCUGCCAUUUAGUACAGCAUUUGGUGCUGAUACAGAGGGUUCCCAGUGGAUUGUGGGUUACCUUUUAGAAAAAGUGAUCAGUAACCUGGCAGUGUGGAGUUCAGAGCAGGACCUUGCAAAUGAUACUGUACAACUGCUAGUAACAUUAGUGGAAAGGAGAGAGCGGGCAAACUUAGUCAUUCAGUGUGAAAACUGGUGGAAUUUAGCUAAGCAAUUUGCAAGGCGAAGCCCUCCUCUUCACUAUUUGUCCAGUUCUGUGCAGAGAACACUAAUGAAAGCUUUAGUUUUAGGAGGUUUUGCUCAUAUGGAUACGGAAACAAAGCAGCAAUACUGGACAGAGGUUCUUCAGCCACUUCAGCAGAGAUUCUUGAAUGUGAUAAACCAAGAAAACUUCCAGCAGAUCUGUCAGGAGGAGGAAGUGAAACAGGAAAUCACCGCUACGUUAGAAGCGCUCUGUGGCAUUGCGGAGGCUACCCAGAUUGAUAACGUAGCAAUUCUCUUCAAUUUCUUAAUGGACUUCCUUAAUAAUUGCAUUGGAUUAAUGGAAGUAUACAAAAACACACCAGAGACUGUUAAUCUCAUAAUAGAAGUCUUUGUUGAAGUUGCACAUAAACAAAUUUGCUAUCUUGGAGAGGCCAAAGCCAUGAACUUGUAUGAAGCCUGCCUAACACUGCUCCAGGUAUAUUCCAAGAAUAAUCUAGGUCGACAAAGGAUAGAUGUUACAGCAGAAGAAGAUCAGUACCAGGAUCUCCUCCUUAUUAUGGAGCUUCUCACUAAUCUUCUGUCAAAAGAAUUCAUAGAUUUUAGUGAUACAGAUGAGGUAUUUAGAGGACAUGAGCCUGGGCAAGCAACAAAUAGAUCUGUAUCAGCAGCAGAUGUUGUCUUAUAUGGAGUUAAUCUGGUUCUGCCUCUAAUGUCCCAGGAUCUGCUGAAAUUUCCAUCCCUGUGUAAUCAAUAUUACAAAUUAAUCACUUUCAUCUGUGAGAUAUUCCCUGAGAAAAUUCCACAGCUUCCAGAGGACCUCUUUAAGAGCCUAAUGUACUCACUGGAGUUAGGAAUGUCAUCAAUGAGUUCAGAGGUUUGCCAACUCUGUCUGGAGGCUGUAACACCAUUAGCAGAACAGUGUGCAAAAGCACAAGAAACAGAUUCAACCCUUUUUCUAGCAACGAGGCACUUUCUUAAGAUGGUCUUUGACAUGCUGGUACUUCAGAAGCACAAUACAGAAAUGACAACUGCAGCAGGUGAAGCAUUCUACACAUUAGUGUGUUUGCAUCAGGCUGAAUAUUCAGAGCUAGUUGAAACAUUGCUAUCAACUCAACAAGAUCCAGUAAUUUACCAGCGGUUAGCAGAUGCCUUCAACAAGCUUACUGCGAGCAGCACUCCUCCUACACUGGACCGUAAGCAGAAGAUGGCCUUCUUAAAGAGUUUAGAAGAAUUUAUGGCAAAUGUUGGUGGACUUCUCUGUGUAAAAUAAACAACAAAACUCUAUGCCUAAUUUAGACCCUUUCUGCAAAAUGCACUGAGAAAUGCUGAACGCUGACUAAAUCUUGUACCUGUCUCUGGGUUCUUUGCAGCCAUCUCAGAUUCUAGAGAGCCUGGAAGUUUGAACAUAACACAGUGGAACAGGAGAGGUCAACUUUGAAUCAGCUUCUGCUUUUAUGUGUUAGCUGCAAUCUGUCAUACUUGUGUGUGGGAGAGAAUGAAGAGAAAAUUUGAAUUUGAAUUUUUUUCCAUAUAUGUGCAAACGGAUAUGGGCACAAUGAAAAAUAAAUGCAGUGCCUUUCCCCCCCAAACUGGUUUAAAAUGAGUGGCCAGAUAAAUGUCCAGAUUUCUUUUUUACCCAAAAUGAUGUUAGAGUGUGAUGCAGAUACAUAUAAAGCUCUAACCAGUUUAGCUGAUUUUAAGCUUUAUUUUUCCUCUCUUAAAGUUUGAGUUUGUGUUCCAAUGGGAAAGAAAAACCAAAUGGUAUUUUAACUUGUGUUUAGUUCUGUUUUUCUACAUCAACCUGACAUUGCAUGGUUAAUGGAAUGCAGGUUGUUACAUCAUGUUCUGCUGCCUGAAGUUCGGGGGUAGGGGGAGAGGUGUAUAUUUUUGUUCCCCUAAAAUGAACUUUAGGAGCUGUAGCCAUUUCAUUGCCUUAAUUUAAAAAGGAGGGAAAAAAAUAGCUCAUGUACUUUAGAUAAGAAAUUUAAGGCAAGAUUUGACUCUUUAGAGUUGGUUUAGGGUGUUGGCAUUAAGCUGCUGUAUACGUGUUGCAGCCCUUCAUGUUGACGUGUCAUUUUGAAAUGAGUGUCUAAUGCAAGGUUCAUGUGUAGUUUUACUUUCAGUAUCUGUUUUGAUUCACACCCAAGUUGCACCAACUCCAACGGAUUUCUACACUGAACUGUUUGCUUAAGCAAUAACAACUCAAAAGGUGUAAAUUACUGGCAGACUUUUUAAAGUUGGGGCAUUAGCGAAAACAAUUGGGCUAGACCAGGGCCAUCAAACCUUGCUCAAGGACCAUAUUGGUUUGACUCCAGUCAUAAAAUGUAAUUGGGAUGUGUAGUGCUGUGGGGAUUCUUGGUUUUGCUGAAUCUAAAUCCACUUGGGCAGAGUCCUCCCAGCUGCUCUGCUCUUGCAUGUUUUUUUAUAUCAGCACUUUAGCUAUUGAGAAAGCAGAAUAAAGUGCCCUGAAUACAGCAGAUCAACAACGGACAGCAGGACACGAAUACGAAAGCAAGAUCUGCUUUGUCUCCAGUAAGGAGUCAAAGAAAACUGAAGCAAACACAAAUGCUGCGUGUCUAGUAAAGUUGAUUUCUGUGGAAACGUGUGGAGGCAGAAGUGGGGCCCUUUUCAAGACCUCUACUACAUUAUGCUGUAGAAAUAUCCCAUGUGUUUUCAAAAUUUAUAUAAAAUGUACAGUCUAUGCCUUUGCCCGACUAUGCAUUAUAGCAUCGCUUGCAGCUCUGUGCUGUUCAUCUCAAAAUUAUCACAGUAGCCAGAAUUUUUAAAAGACAUAAAUCUCUUAAUUCUGUGCUAUAAGUGAUCUGAGGCUUUUUUAUUUUUCAGUUAAAUCCCUACCUGUUUCCAGUGUGGAUCCACAAGGCCAAAAAUGCCAUCUCUUUACUAUACUCUUUUCUUUUAAUUUAUGUGAGAACUGGGCUAGGGCAGAUUUACAUGUUAAAAAGCAACCAUAAAACUUUGUUAGAUAAUUUACCUUCCUGAUUAGUUUAUUUCUAAGAUAAUUUGUGGAGUAUUUUAGAACAGGGAUAUCGCUCUCAAUUUUUUCUUGAAACUCUAGUGCUUUUCUUUAAAAGACUUCUUGUCUGUGCACUUGCUCAAAAGAUGAUGAUCUUGGCAGAUCCUUCUGGUUUUAAACUCUUAUGGUAGCUGAUUUUUUUUAAAAUGUACCUGGAUUUUGCUGUGUUUUUGAAACUGCUUCUAGAGGUUUUUCAGUUUUGUACAUUGGAUAGGGCAGCAGUUCUGAAACCUCAUUUUUUUUGAGAUGAAGGGCAUUAAAGACUGGGAACAUAAGUGGCAGCAGGAGCUGCUAGUUUAGCAUGAUGUACUCAAGGUCAAGUAUCAGGCCAAAGUCUUCAAAGAGAUCAUAGCAAAUAUCUUCAUUUUUUUUGGAUCUGACUGAAUAAAUUAUGUACUCGGUCAUCAUUUCUUUUAUAACUAGCUCUGUCACUAUAAUUUUCUUCACCUAAACCUGGCUCACUAUUUAAAACUAUUUAUUAACUUCAAAACAUGUAAAAAUCCUCUUGCAGAUUGUGAUUAAUGAAUGGAAACACAGACUGAGUUAUAGUAUUCAGGACAAAGUAAUGUACAUACCCAUUACUUUUCUUGUCAGGCCCAUUGUGUUGUAACAAGCAGACGCACAGCAUCUUUUGACUGUCGAGGCUUCCUAAAAUACAAACGCAUUCACAGACUGGUUUUGAAGGUUGCUCAAAACUUUCUUUUGCCCUUCAUUUAAAAUUGAUGUUAAAUGUUAGAGGGAAGCUGUCCUAGUAAGUUUGGGUUUGUAAUUUUCCUGCUGGGUGUUACACUAGACAAUGUUCUUCCUUUCGUGUUUCUUUAUUUUUCUUUCAUUCUCAUAUAUUCAAGAGGGAUCUUUCCAUGCCAUUUUAAGUUUCUUUUACAGCAAUGCUAAGAUGUCUCAUCCAUUAAAUCAUUGCAAAAGGGUUUGGAAAUAAGUUUAAUUCAUGCUCCUGCUGGCUAGGUGGCUCCUUCUACCUAAACUGUUUGGCUUCUAUAUCCCCUACAAAACAAAAAAGAAAUAUUAUUCUUCAGCAAUUUUCCACAUAUUCAGUUGCUGUAAAUCCAGAUGUAAAAACUCGUUCAGGUCCAUAGGAAAGAUUUACAGACCAUUUUAAGUGAACAUUGAGAGUUGGCUCCACGUAAGUGUUCUGAAAUUUCUAUAGCAUCACUGCAUUGAUUUUUUUCAUUCAGUGUGCAAAGUGAAUAAUGGUUCUAAAAAUGCACCUGUUUUUGAAGGGGGAAAAAAGACAACUCAAGCUGAAUUAUAAAUGCUGCAUGAUAUAAUUGUAACAAAUAUAUUUGUCUAGACUUUUUUUGUUAAAACAGAUGAUUGCUUCAGUGUUUUCAUUCUGAGACUAGAAAUCAAGUAGCUUAUUUCCCAUUUUGCCUACUCCUUCCCCAUUGUAAUUGCUUGUUCUGCUGCUGGCAUAAAUUUACUGUUUAACAUAAUUUUUUCAGUGCUGGCAGACUUGACCAUCUAGUUGUAUCAUGAAAUUCAAGACCACCUUCGAAGCACAGACACAUUUGAACAGGGAGAAGUGCAUGAGUCCUACAUGAAACCCACUUUCGUGUGCAUUUUUGCCUUAAUUAUCUUCACUGAAUUACCACCGGAAUCUGCUACUUAUUGCCCAGAGGUUUGUGUUUCACUGUUUAGUGAUCAAGGGCUCAGAGUUUUCCUCAGGAACGAGAAACUUGUUUUCUCAGCAUGUCCAAAUCCUAUUAGUUGAAAGAGAAGGGUUUGAAUUAGAGUAAUCUCUUUGACGGUGCGUAGCACUCACUAAAGCCUCAGUGUUUACUUGGGUAAAUCCCUUUUAUAUCUAAGCCAUGUAGUUCUAGAAAGAAAAUAAGCUUGCUCAGAGCAGUCAGUCAUUUAAAAUUCUUUAAAAGGUGAAGCAAUUUCUAAUUUGUGAUCUUUAUAACUAUUGAAAAAUACAAGUUGCAGCAUUUCUCUUGUAGAACGCUUCAAGUACCUUCAGUUUUGGUUAAAUAAUUACAUAAGAAAGGGUGUUUUUUAAUGGAAGUAGCUUGAUGAAUAUAAGCGCAGGAGUAGGAGCCAGGCUCCUCUAGUUUUUGUAUCAGUUUUUCCACUGGAUCCUCUGCGGCCAUUGGUGAGUCGCUAGAACUGUGUCAUUGUAAAAAUAGCGAUGAUACCCACCUACCUCACAGGGAUGUUGUGAGGGUUAUCUUAUGCCUACAAAAUGCAUUGAGGAUCUGAGAUGCUAUGUAAAUAUUAAAUAUUUUAAUUUUAGGUUUGUGAGGUGUAAGAUUUACUAUAAUGAAAACAGAUAUUCAUAAUUUUAAAGCCCAAUACAGGCACCAGUUGUGCAGUUUCCCCCAAGAUUGGUCUACUGCGGUACAGUAAUGCUGGCUGUAAAUUGUAGUUGAAUCAAUUACAGCUAGUUGAGAUGGUGGCUUCUUCUUAAAUAAGAUUUUCCACCAGUGUGCCUCAGUUCUGGUCCAUACACUGAGAGGAGAGUUGCUAAUUAUUCAGGCUUUGGUGCCUCUACUUGUGACAAGUGCCACUUGUGGUGGUAGGGUUUUUUGUUUGGGUUGGGUUUUUUACACUUCAAGGAACAAACACCACUCACUUCUCCCAUAUCUAUAUAUUCCAGUCACUCAGUAUAACCAAAGCUUAAUGAUAACAAUUAAAAUUUUAAAGAGCCAGCCCUGUUUCCCCUGCCCCGUAAAUUUUCUUUUAAUAUAAGUAGAUUUGCCCUCUUUGUGGUAAAUGAGGUUAAUGCUUUCUAGCACAAAUUAUGAAGCAAAUAAUGAAGUGUGAUUUACAAAACGGCUGUCUUACAAAACCCAUUUUUCAAGACUAGAUUUCUUGGGGCCCUAGCAACUGAGAAAUAAGUAACCCCAGCGUCCCCUUCUCAGCGAAUUGAAGUAGAUCCUGCUUUUCCAUUUCUUCCCUUUCCCUAUCCUGCUUGUCCCGUCUUUUUAAGCCAUUCUUAUAAAAGAGUUGGAAGACCCUUCUAACCUCAAGGGAAAGAUACUACCCAUGUGAUUUUCCAAUCAGCUUGAUACUUGAAACUUAGAAAAUCCUUUCUAAUAGCAUUUCCCAGCACAUUUCAAUCUCCUGCUGAACCAUUCUGGAGUUUAUUAUUAGGAAUAUUGUCCUCUUUUAUUUGUUCCCUUUGUGCAAAAUAAGGAACCUCCAUGCGGUGAACAUGCAGUUUGAAGGCAAUAAAUGCUGGUACUGCUGUUGGUCAAGUGUGUAAAUAUUUUAAAUGUAUAAUUCGGUACUGUGUUGAGUUUAUAUAUUACAAAUGCAGGGACUGAAGUGCUAGUUGAUUUCAAGUAUUGUUUUACCUGUACAGUUGAAGAUAUGAAGUUGCAUAGAAAUAUUUCACCAUCUGUUGCAAUAAGACUUGGGAAAUGGCUGUGUAAUCAAGCCUUAUCACAACUGGAUUUUCGAUUUUGAAAUGAACAUUUUGUGUAUUUUUAAGAUCCAUAAGCAGGAGGAGGAUAAAAUUGUUUUCCACUAAAGACUUUUAUUAUUUUGG